AUGCGAAAGUUCGAUCCAUGGCCCGUCUUCUUCAAGCGUGAGUGGAACCGAAAUUGGCCUUUCCUGGUCGGUUUCGCCAUCACCGGUACUCUCAUCACCAAGUUUUCUCUCGGUCUCACUGAGGAGGACGCCAAGAAUUCUCAGUUCGUGCAGAGGCAUAAGAAGUACGCCUCUCAAACCCCAAUCUCUUAA